GGUUGAGCGCAGACCGGUGUAGCGGAAUGUGCAGUCUAUUGCAUGGAAUAAGGACACUCCGUUGGUUGUCUGGGAAUUCCUGAUCGUUGUGAGACUAUUCCAGGAUCUGGAUCUGGAGUUUGUUUUGCAAAACCGGAAUUUAUAUAUUUUUUAUUUUUGGUUUUGCACAUUUGUCAUGAAGUGACACACCAAAUAUUUGAACGGACGAGACCUCAAGCUACUAGAUAAACAGGCUUAUAUUGCCAGUCUUUUGAACAGUUGAAGAUUUGUUGCCAGCCAGGUAGUCAUGGCUGUGUCAGUUCAGGGCGGCAGUAGCCUGCAGAGGAAGAAGCCUCCGUGGCUCAAACUGGACAUCCCCAAAGCCCAGGCCUCCCUGGAUGAGCCGCCCACUUUCUCCCAGCCAGUGAAAAGGCAUGGCUUCCUCCGUAGCAUUAGCAUGCCGGUGGAGAGCACGCGCUUCCACUCCUCAGCCUUCGACCCCCGCGACCUGCGUGACCCCCGCCGCCCUGCCCUGCAGCGGCAGCCCUCCAUCACACAGACCAUCAGGAGGGGCACAGCUGACUGGUUCGGGGUGACCCGGGAUGGUGACGCCACGCAGCGGUGGCAACGGAAGAGCCUGCGCCACUGCAGCCUCCGCUAUGGCAAGCUGAAGCCGCACGCCGUCCGCGACAUGGACCUGUCCAGCCAGGACAACCUCUCCAUGGCCAGCACCGAGACGCCGCCGCCCCUCUACGUGCCCGGCUCCCAGCACGGCAUGCAGAAGAUUGUGGACCCGCUGGCGCGGGGGCGGGCGUUCCGCAUGGUGGAGGAGGUGGACGGGCACAGCGUUCCCCAGACACCCAUCACGCCCGGCGCCACCUCGCUCUGCUCCUUUGCCAGCUCCCGCUCGGGCGCCGGCCGCCUGCCACGCCGCCGUAAGAGGGAGUCCGUCGCCAAGAUGAGCUUCCGCGCCGCCGCCGCUCUGGUCAAGGGCCGGUCACUGCGGGAAGAGACCCUGUGUCAGACCCAAAGGCGAAGCUUCUCUCCAGCCAGCUUCCUGGAGGAGGAGGGUGGGGACACCUCUGAAGACGUGGACACUUCAUUCUUCACCAGGGACGGUCCCACGCGGGGAGAUCUGUCCACCUACGCCGAUGAGGUGUUCGAGACGCCCCCCGUGGCCGUCGUCAAGGAGAUGGAGCCAAACGGGGUGACGGAGGAGAAUGACUUGACGGGGAGCGCGCUGGACAAGAACGAACUAGAGAGAAGGCAUCUGAUGCUGCCCCUGGAGCGUGGCUGGAGGAAGAGCCGGGAGGGCAUGCCGCCGCCUCCGCCCAAGGUGCGCCUGCAGCAGGAGGUGGUGAGCGUGAACGGGCAGAGGCGGGGCCAGCGCAUCGCCCUGCCUGUCAAGAAGCUGUUCGCCCGCGAGAAGCGGCCCUACGGGCUGGGCAUGGUGGGCCGGCUCACCAACCGCACCUACCACAAGCGCAUCGACAGCUACGUCAAGAGGCAGAUUGAGGACAUGGACGACCACAGGCCCUUCUUCACUUAUUGGAUAACUUUUGUCCACCUGCUGAUCACCAUCCUGGCCGUGUGUAUCUAUGGCAUCGCCCCCGUGGGCUUCUCCCAGCAUGAGACAGUGGAUUCAGUCCUAAGAAAUAAAGGGGUCUAUGAAAAUGUCAAGUUCGUGCAGCAAGAGAACUUCUGGAUUGGACCAAGUUCGGAGGCGCUUAUUCACCUGGGGGCCAAGUUUUCGCCCUGCAUGCGGCAGGACAAGCAGGUGCACGACCUGAUCCAGGAGAAGAGGGCGAAGGAGCGUGACUCAGCCUGCUGCGUGCGGAACGACCGCUCAGGCUGUGUGCAGACAUCGGUAGAGGAGUGCUCUAUGACGCUGGCUGUGUGGGUAAAGUGGCCGGGUCACCCCAGCGCCCCACUCUUGGGCGGCAGACCGCGCCAGCAUGGCUCCGUGUGCCAUCAGGACCCUAGGAUUUGUCUGGAGCCUGCCUCUGUGUCCCCUCACGAGUGGCCCGAUGACAUCACCAAGUGGCCGAUCUGCACCAGAUACAACACGGGCAACCACACCAACCUGCCCCACAUGGACUGUGUGAUCACCGGCCGACCCUGCUGCAUUGGCACCAAAGGGAGAUGUGAAAUCACAUCGCGGGAGUACUGUGACUUCAUGAAGGGCUACUUCCAUGAAGAGGCCACUCUCUGCUCCCAGGUGCACUGCAUGGACGACGUGUGUGGGCUCUUGCCAUUCCUGAACCCCGAGGUGCCAGACCAGUUCUACAGGCUGUGGCUCUCUCUCUUCCUGCAUGCGGGAAUCCUUCACUGCCUGGUGUCGGUGGGUUUCCAGAUGACCAUCCUGAGGGACCUGGAGAAGCUGGCGGGCUGGCUGCGCAUCUCCAUCAUCUACAUCUUGAGCGGGAUCACAGGGAACCUCGCCAGCGCCAUCUUCCUGCCCUACAGGGCAGAGGUGGGCCCGGCGGGCUCUCAGUUUGGCAUCCUGGCCUGCCUCUUCGUGGAGCUGUUCCAGAGCUGGCAGAUCCUGGAGCAGCCGUGCCGGGCCUUCGCCAAGCUGCUGUGCGUGGUGCUCGUGCUCUUCGCCUUUGGCCUGCUCCCCUGGAUCGACAAUUUCGCCCACGCUUUCGGCUUCGCCUCGGGCCUCCUGCUCUCCUUCGCCUUCCUGCCCUACGUCACCUUCGGCCGCGCCGACAUGUACCGCAAGCGCUGCCAGAUCCUGGCGGCGCUGGCGGCCUUCGCGGGGCUGCUCGGCGGCCUGGCCGUGCUCUUCUACGUGCGCCCGUUCAAGUGCGACUGGUGUGAGCUGCUCACCUGCAUUCCCUUCACGGACAAGUUCUGCGAGAAGUACGACCUCAACGCGCACCUCCACUGACGGCCCGCAGGGGGCGGUGUUGGCGGGGUGCUGAAGAUAACCGCGAUCCACGGCGCGGCUCCAACCCCCCCACUCCCCCCAUCAGAACUCCAUACAAUCACUAUAACUAAACUGUGACGAUAGGUUAUUCAAUAUUUUUUUUCCCCUCAAAGUGCAUCCGCCCCAUCACCCAGCAGGCGAGGUCCAUACAACCAAGGGCACUUUCUGUAAUCCACUGACCAAUACCUCUACAAGCCAGUCCCUUUGGGGGGACGUUCAAAAAGGUUCCUUUAUGUGACUCGCCCCCUGGCAAGACCUGUGUGACCCCCCUCAAACCUGAUCAAGAGGAAGGGAGGCAGCACUGGCACAUCGGGGGGAGUAUCCCCUCCCUUUGUUUCACCCUUUUUUAUUUCUCAUUUUUGUAAGCACUUCCGAAAAACAGGCCCAGUUUCUUUUUUCUUCAGGCACCCUCAGAGACAUCUAUACUACCAGGGAAAAAGCAAGACAAAACAAAUCAAAACAAAACCAACAUAAGCCUCCGGUGCCUUGAUGAUAGACUACUGCCAUAUUUUUGUUAUGCUCCCCUGAGCGCUUGAAUGUUUAAAACUUUAUUUGUUUAUUGCUUCUGAAGCGGUGACGAAUGACAAAGCAGGGUAGCGUUUUAGUUACCCGCCAACUGACUUGUAAAGCAACUGAGAAUACAGCCACAGAAAACCUCAAGCUGCCUCAAGUCUGUCCAUUUAUGUCCUCUGUAUGUUUCACACGUUGGUUGGGUCUUUUAGCUUUAUGUCACAUUAUGGCGGUAUGUGUACGGGACACCAGAAAUAAAUGUUUAGGAGUCGUCAUGAUUUCAUGGGCAUGCACCACGUCCAUUGUGUCUUCAUUCAAAGGCUUCAGCUCAGUGGGUGAUCCAUACUACUAACAAAUCCACACCACGAAUUAAGAACAUAUGGGUUACAGUUGAGGCUUGCAAGUUUUGAGGCAUUGACUACAUACAUGUACAUGAUGAGCUGGGGAAAGGAUCACACUGAGCUGAGUCGUGUUGAAUUGGAGACAACUGACAGAGAUUAACGCCACACAUUGUAUGCUGGCCCACAAUAUGUUGUCAAUAAGCAUAUCAGUUGGUAUGUUGAUGAACAUUUCAGUGUCCAUCCAGAAGUUUCCUGACCUCACCCAUUCCACUCUUAAAGUGAUCACUAAACACACAGUGUGGAUGUCUUGUGUAUUUGAAAGACUGUCCGUGGCUCUGAAUACAUGCAAAUCUCCCAAUGAUUUAAAAAGGGAGGAGGUAUGCAAGCAGCCAAACAACCAUGUGUUUUUCAAAUGUUUAUUGUUUUGUACAAAAAAAUUACAUCAAUGAAGAAAUGCAAAGAUUAUACAGACGUCACACAAACGUACAAAGGAAGCAUGUUCAAGUGGUUUGUGACAGAUUGAACCUGUGGUUGGCCGUGGCCUCGUCCAUUAUGUUGCACGUGUCGAUGUUCCUUUAUCAAGAAACUAUGCGAGUAGCAAAAUGGUGUCACCUUGUCUUAGACCAAGAAACUGCAAGCAGGCAAGUGUACAAGUCAUUGUACUAAAAUUUAAAAAUAAAAAAGUACCGUAUAUUUAAGAUACACAACAAUGUUUUUCCACAUAGGAGCUCAGUCAAAGUUUGAGUAAUGACAUUGCUGUAAAAUUCAGACCAACAUGUUUAUUUUAUUGUGCAAACGAGAAAGAGAAAAUCUGACGCUUUUGUAAGCUACACCACCAAUGCAAUGUGGAGUAGUGGUG